GCUGCCUCCCCUGCAGCCCGGCCCGCUCGCUCCCCGGCGGUAUUUACACACCUCGCUGCCGAAAGACAGACAGAAAGAAAAAGAAAAGAAAAAGAAAGAAAGGAAAAAAAAAAACAAAAAAAGAUCAACCCAGUAGCCCCACCACCAUUCAUAAAUACUCAUUUUCAAAGCAAAAGGGGAAUAAAACAUACCGACAACAGACUGCACUCAGCGUUAUUCCCUUUUGCGUGAUGCUCUUUGGGUAGCAGGCUUUCCUCUCCUUUUUCUUUCCUUUUUUCCUUUCUUUCUUUUCUUUUUUCUUCUUUUUUCUUUUUUCCUCCAUCAUCCAGUAAAAGCAAGGCGGGGGAACGACCAGGUCUGAUGCUUUGUCUCUUUUGUGCUGGCUGCCGGAGAUGAGCCUAGGCUUGACCUGACCAUGAUUCCAAGGACUGGCACUUCUUUUUUACCCCCAGUUUGUAGAGAUCCAGACCUUCUCUUCCUGAUUGUCAAGAAAAUUAAAUUGUUGCUGAAUUUGGGGAUCUAGGCAGCACCAGCAUACUUUUUUCCUUGCAUCUCUCUGGAAUCGUUUCUGGGAUAUUUUCCAAACCUUCACGGAAAACAGGAGGAAUGAACCGGCAGCUAGUGAAAAUUUUGACAACCUUGUUUGCAUUUUUCUUAGAGACAAACCACUUCAGGACGACUUUCUGUAAAGAACAUGAUUCAAGAUCUGGAAAAUCCCCCUCACAGACCCUGUCUCCUUCAGAUUUUUUGGACAAAUUGAUGGGAAGAACAUCGGGCUAUGAUGCUAGAAUCAGACCAAAUUUUAAAGGUCCUCCUGUAAAUGUUACCUGCAACAUAUUUAUCAACAGCUUUGGUUCAAUAGCAGAAACUACAAUGGACUACAGAGUGAACAUUUUUUUGAGACAGCAGUGGAACGACUCACGUCUGGCUUACAGUGAAUAUCCUGAUGAUUCCCUGGAUCUGGAUCCAUCUAUGUUGGACUCUAUUUGGAAACCAGAUUUAUUCUUUGCCAAUGAGAAAGGCGCAAACUUCCAUGAUGUCACAACAGACAACAAGUUACUGAGGAUUUCUAAGACUGGAAAAGUGUUGUACAGUAUCAGGCUUACUUUAACCUUAUCCUGUCCCAUGGACUUGAAGAAUUUUCCUAUGGAUGUACAGACAUGUACAAUGCAGCUAGAGAGCUUUGGCUAUACUAUGAAUGAUCUGAUAUUUGAGUGGUUAAGUGAUGGGCCUGUGCAAGUUGCAGAAGGUUUAACCUUACCACAGUUUAUUCUGAAGGAAGAUAAAGAACUUGGUUAUUGCACAAAGCAUUACAACACUGGAAAGUUUACAUGCAUUGAAGUCAAGUUUCAUUUGGAGCGUCAGAUGGGAUACUAUUUAAUCCAGAUGUACAUUCCUAGCCUGCUGAUUGUCAUUUUGUCCUGGGUUUCUUUCUGGAUCAACAUGGAUGCUGCUCCGGCUAGAGUCGCACUGGGUAUCACUACAGUUUUGACAAUGACUACUCAAAGUUCAGGAUCCAGAGCGUCCCUCCCAAAAGUCUCCUAUGUAAAAGCUAUUGACAUCUGGAUGGCUGUGUGCCUUCUCUUCGUCUUUGCUGCAUUACUGGAAUAUGCAGCAGUCAACUUUGUUUCACGGCAGCACAAGGAGUUUCUGAGGCUUCGAAGAAGGCAAAGAAGACAAAACAAGGAAGAUGAAGUUGCUCGUGAUAGCCGAUUCAAUUUCAGUGGCUAUGGAAUGAGUCACUGUCUCCAAGUCAAGGACGGCACAGCAGUCAAGGCCGCUCCACCCAACCCACCUCCGGCACCACCGAAGGAUUCAGAGUCCAUCAAAAAGAAGUUUGUUGACCGUGCAAAACGGAUUGAUACAAUAUCCCGUGCUGCAUUCCCACUUGCUUUCCUCAUUUUCAACAUCUUUUACUGGAUUACAUACAAAAUUAUAAGGCAUGAGGACAUUCACAAGAAAUAGGCAACUCUGGUUUGCCAGGACUUCUUAGCCAAAGUGAUAUACAUGUAAAUAAACAGUGAAAUGUCUUUCUGUCAUUUGGACUAAAGGUUUCUUUUUCCCCACCAGGACACUGAAGAGAAAAAGAACAAAAAGGAAAAAAAGUAUAGAAAGAAAAGUUAUUGCAUGAAACAAUAUGCCAUGAGACCAGUCAAUAAGGGUUCACCAUAUGUACUUUCAGUGUUGUUCUUCCAGAUUCUGCAUUGAUCACAUAUCUGUAAAUGGGGCCAAAUUUUACUCAACUUUAUCACCAAAAUAUUAUCUUUAAACAGAAAAGAGAAUCAGAAAACAAACUAUCCUCCUAAAACAUCUACCAAGAGACUGAGGUGGCUACAGUACAGUGAGUUGUAAGAGGACCAAACUUUUUCAGGAUAAUGUUGCCUUUCUAUUUGAAACAAGUCUACUGAGCUACAUUCCAUAACCAUGUCUGUAGUUAGUGGUUUCACCAAGGAGUCCUUUUGUGGGUUGUAACUUAUUUCUACUGACAGGAGAGAGAGAGAAAAAAAAAAAAGAUUUAUACUUUACUAUCCUUGUGGGUGUGCAUUUUAAUAUUAUCUUGCUUUACUAGAAUUGUAAUUUUGGGAUUGAACUUGUGCGUUGUGUGAUUUGAUAGCUGACACUCCGAAACCAGUGAAACUGCCCAAUUUAUUUUUGUUGAAAGACAGUGCACUUAUUUUAUUUCUGCUAAUUUUACAUGCAACUUGAGGUGCCAAACUGUAUUUUACCUAUUGUGCUACCCUGUUCCACACUACUUAGUAAGAACUUGUUUCCUCAAAGGUGUAGCUCAGUUUAGCAUUGAGUUUCUAUUACUGCUCUCAUUGUAGCUGCAACCAAUAGCUCUAUAGAUAAACACAACUUGUUUACAGACCUCUAAUUUAUAUCUCUACUCAAAGUGGCUAUCAUUUUAAAUAUCAUUAAUUAACCUAAGAAUUUUAAAACUGUACUGUGAUUUUCAGAACCUGUUACCUUUUGGUGCCGGAUCUGCGUUAUUCAAAUCCUUGCUACAUGUUUUAAAGUAGAAAAGAAAAAAAAAAAAAAGAUGGUAUUUUUGCUUACACAGAAGAAGACAACCUGUAACAUAAAAUGAAUCAAACAUUAAAAUUUUACACUUGCUGUAAAAGGGUUUAUUAAAAAAAAAAAGGUAUUUGUUCAAUUUCAAUAAAGCUAAAUGUGCUAUUAA